GAGGCACGCCCCUCUAUGAGCUGGUUUAUGCCCUACUUUUCUUGCUCCCCCAUCAAAGGUAUCCACGACCCAAGAAAAAAGAAGGGAAGCAAGUCCCUAAAGCAAAUUAAAGCUCUCACUGUGUAAACAAAGGAAGCUUUUUAGCCACUUAUACCACCUCAUUUGAAAUCCUUGCUUCCACACAUACUUUCCUCUCUAGUCUAUCCCCUUUCAUACUUAUUCCCCUUGCUCUUUCUUCCCAUUAAUAUUUCUGCCACACAUCUCAUCCUUCUAAAAUCUCAGCACAGCAGAGAGAGAGAGAGAGAGAGAGAGAGAGAGAGAGAGAGAGAGAGAGAGAAUGGUUAAGAUAGGAGGGUUUUUGGUCUGCCUCUUGAUCGUGGUGAUGGACAUUGUAGCCGGGAUUCUUGGCAUCGAAGCAGAACUCGAACAAAACAAGGUGAAACACUUGAGACUCUGGAUUUUUGAGUGCAGAGAACCAAGCCAUGAAGCAUUCAAGCUAGGGUUAGCUGCAGCCGGACUUUUGGUUCUUGCACAUGUUGUUGCCAACUUACUUGGUGGAUGCAAUUGCAUUUGUACUCAGGAUGAACUCCAAAAGGCUCCUCCUAACAAGCAACUCUCAAUGGCAUGCCUCGUCUUCACUUGGAUUAUUUUGGCCGUUGGAUUGUCCAUGCUGGUGAUAGGGACUUGGUCAAACCACAAGUCAAGAGCUUCAUGUGGCUUCACACACCACCAUUUUCUGUCGAUUGGAGGCAUCUUGUGUUUUGUUCAUGGGCUGUUUUGUGUAGCUUAUUACAUAUCUACCACCGCCUCGACUGUCUAAUAGUUUAAUUAGUUUCACUCAGCCAUGAUACAAGGAUUGUUGCCUUGUUCCUUUGCUAAAUUAAUUUACUAAUCCAUCCCUUUCAUGCUACGUCAUAUCUCCUGACUCGGAAACUCUUUACUACUCUUUCGAUACGAGACAAUAGUAGUGCUAAUCUUUCUUUUA